AUGGCUCCCUCUAUGGCUCUAAUAUUCCCUUGGACUGUGCAUAUUGUGAAUGAGCUGAGCAACAACAAGGUGUUGCAUGUACACUGCAAAUCUGCAGAUAAUGAUCUUGGCGUUCACACCCUCAAGCCCAAGGCUGAAUUCAAGUUUAGUUUCUGGGAAAAUCCUUGGGGUACGACGUUAUUUUGGUGCACUUUGUCCACCGACAGACAAUCUCGAGCUUCUUUCGAUGUCUUCUGGUCUUCGCUUUGGCUUUCGAAAGGAACCAAGAGGAAUAAAUACACUGAUCUGGAAAAAGUAACAAAGAACGAGAAAAUCCUUUGGAUAGCAAGAAAUGAUGGAAUUUAUUUAAGAGAAACCAAUUUCAAGCCCGAGAGUUUAAAUCGUAUCGAUCCUAACGAAGAAGACAUCAUAGUUGAGGAUGUGUUAUUUCAUAAAUGGGAAAGAAAAAAGUAA